AUGGUGAAGAAGAAGCCAUUUUGGAAGCUUUCGAAGCAGAGGAACAACACUACCCUAAAGCCCGUCGAGGCGGCUCCAGCCAACGGCACGUUGCGCAGCCUCUUUAUGGAUGACACGGCGCUAUCGCGCUCCAUGAGAAGGAGCAGUCUUACCGACUUCGACGUCGGGGUGCCAAAGUUCCGACGGCCUUUACGCGAAAGCCGCUCCAUCUGUGUCCCUUCGGCGGCAGAACAGGCUUUCCUUCGAGAAAUAAAUAUUGCCGGACUUUCUACACAAACUCAAGAGGGAGAAAAUUCACCUGCUAACUCAAUUUAUCGCGCCAAAUACAGUCUCUACAACUUACUUUGUUGCCGCGACCUAGUCACCGUUUCCAGGGCAUUUUCCGCGGCUGCCAUAGAUCGGCGCGAGGCACGCAAGGCCACGACAACGGGCCUCGACCAAUUGGCGCGCGCGGCCAUUGAUUGGGUGGUGGACUGGACAAAUGCCUGCCAACGUGCGCACACGCAAGCACCAAGGCCAAAGAAACACGGUAGUGGUAUAAGUUGGAGCAGCGCGGUCGAUGUUACGGCAAUAAAAGCAGUCAUCGGUUUAAACUAUUCUAUACUACGAAAGCAGAUUGGGAAGCUGAUUCACGAUAUUCACGUGUGGCACCAGCACCAGCUAUUUCGAGUGAAUCGAGUAUUCAAGGAGGGUCAGUCAAACGAGUCAGAAUUUCUCAAAAAGUUAUUUGCCAUUCUCCUUCCCAAAGAGCCACUUCCUGUCGACAUUACGAGUGCUUUCCAAGUUUUGGACGAACGCCUUAAGUCGUUUCGACCAAUUCAUCCAAACGAAAUAUUUUCCAACGGUUCCCUGUUAAAAUUGCUAUGCAGUACGAAGGCAGAAAGUAAUCCACGACGCGGAAGUGGCGAAGCAUGUAUUUUGUCACAGCAAAGGUGCUCUGUCAUAUAUCAGGGCAACGAAACGUCCGACGUUCGUCCCGCUCCCCUCCUGGGGCGCAAAUAUAGCAACUCGAUAGUUGGAGCAAUCGAAAAACAAGAAAAGGUAGAGGGGAAAACGAAGGUGGAGAAAGAGAAGGGUGAAGAAUCAAAGUCGAAUUCGCCCUCAUCGCCGGACAUCAUGCAAUCGCAGAUACCAUCGGGUGGGGCACCUACGCGGCUGCCAAUCCAUCCUACCCUCAUUCCGGCCACGAUGCAGGUGGGCUCAAACGGCGAGCGCCACCUCAUUCUGCACUACCCUGACGGCCAUACCGUCGCUACUACGGCCCUGCCAAACCAGUCGGGUCAGUUCCAUCUGGUCCCAUUGCUUAACCAGCCCCAGGCCCAGACUUCCCAAACCACCCUUCGUCUUAUCCAGACAGCUCCCGACUUCUCUCACACUAAACGGCAACCCCUUGGGAUGAACUUGGAAGCUCACACUCACCUUGUGAAAAAAAAGUCAGGGCAGAAGGUGGAGUUGGUUUGCACUUGCCCACCUGAAUUACACCAUGUCCUUCGACAAUCACAAAUGGAAAGUACAAGCCAAGUUGAUCGACCAGGUGAUGGUGAUUCCCUCAGAUGGCUGAAAAACACCUCUAGAGCUGGACUUUCAUGUGUGGGGUGGGCCAAUUCAACACCCCAAACUGAUCUUUUGACUUCGUCUAGUGGAGAGAGCAGCGAAACCUUCCAGGAAUCGGAUUCCUCAGGCGGAAGUUGUCAGACAAACACUUUUUCCACCAUUAGAAAAGGGAUGAUCCCUCCCGACGUCCUUCUGGCCUCAGUUCUCAAUGCGCAAAGAAGGCGACCCACUAAACCGCCCCAAACACUCGAAGAGGCACAACACCGCAUAGCCUACAUGGAGAACCAGUUGACCCAACUGACAGCCUGGAUUCGAGCAGUGCAGACGCAGGGUGGGUUGGAGGGCGAUUCCAGCAAGCUCGUUGGGAUUCCAGGUCGUUCUCCACCCGAACACUACACCUCAGGAUUAGCUAUAAAAGACAAUGAUUCAGCCGCGGUGGAGAGCAAAUGCCUCUUUGCCCACUGUUCCAGUGGUUAUGAAAGAUGCCCCCGCCCUCCCUCACCUCCCUAUCCGCAUCAGUCAAAUUGCCAGCGCCUCCUAAAUGCCUGCAAGGGGUUAAAAGACCUCCGCUUGGAUCUGCAUGGACUGAAGCAGACCCACGCCGCUAACACUCGUCAAAUGCGUAACAUAUCCAACUCAAUUGUUAAGGAAAUCAUCCAACUGCUCAGUGCGUCAAAGUCGAAAGGCGCAACACCCGUGAGAUUGGUCCAGCUGAGCCUUGACAGCCAUAUGGCUGAUUACAAAGCUGAUCGCAAAGAAAUCGAGGCCUGGUUAAAGGACCUCGAUGCAUGCAUUGAAGAGAUGCGGGUGGACGCUCUCAACCGAAGGUGUCGUGUUUCUGUAGCCGAAGUAGAGGCUUACGCUCUCCAUCUCAGCCGACUUAGUCAACGCCUUGCCUCCUUCAAAGGUCAUAUUCCUGAAAUAUGCAAUGCUUUGAACCUCCUGACCCUUGUGAACGAAGCAGAAGUGAAAGUUCAAAAUGAACUUUUGCUAGACGAGCAAAAGCGAAUUGAUGUAACCCUAUCCACUUGCAAACAACUUACUUGUACUCUCUUCACCCUCAAAAGGCUUGCGGCUGUUCAGGAAAAUGGCAUUAGUGUCAAUAUCCCAACAUUUCGAACAAUUCGAGAUCCGCGACCUGAAGAUAAGAAGCUUUAUCUUCAGCAAAUUUCCAAAAUCGUCCCCAACCACGAGGCCAGAAUGCUUGGUCUGGCGCGUCAUGAAAAAACUCGGGAACGUCGAAAAAGGAUGCUCUCCCUUCACGAGUCAGUAUACCUUGAAAGGGCUAUGGAACAGUCGGAGAGCAAUCUGCAAGAGAUUCUACAGCGUCUGAACGAGCUAAGCCUGGACCUUCUCUCUUCAAGUCCGGAGCAGUCGGAGGAGGAGGGCCCGAAUCAAGCGCCUUCUUUCACUUCAACGCCCUCAUCCUUAUCCCGGAUCUGCCCCAUUCAUCAGGCUGGCGUCAAGGCAGCUGAGACUUGUUGCAAUCACUGCGAAGUGAUAAAUUCACUAAGAUCUGGAAAGUCGUGUAGAGGCAGUGGCGAUGGUGAGAGCUCGACAUCUCCAUCGUCAGCCUCAUCGGAGCAAAACGUAGUUGGCGCGCAGUUACCUCUGUCGGCACCACCGCUACCGCCUUCUUUACCACAGGCGCCCCGGGGCCCUCGGCGAGCCCACGUGGUGUUCUCGCGCACCGUGUUGGUAGACGCGGGUCGCGAGACCACGCGGCUUAACUGUCCCUCCGACUUGGAUGACGACCACCUCGACGACGCCGGCGACACCGGCAGCGAGGCAGAGGAGCCACAGCUCUGGCGUCGGGAGCGCCUCCACCGUGGCAACCGUGUAGUUGAUAUCCAUCCCGGCCUACCGCGCAACGAAUACGUCAUAUGCGACGGACGCUGCGGUGCUUCCAGCUGUGCUCAGGGCUCCUGUCUCGCCAGACAAAAGGGGUCAACCGGAUCUGUGCUCAAAACCACGACGGCGUACGGUUCAAGUCCGAACGAUAGCAAUCCGGUUGGGAGUCAAUCCGCCUCCGCCAGUGACUUUGAUUCGAAGUCAGUAGACAGUGAGGAGAGUGAAAAACAACCGGCUGAACCGACCUCCGUUCACGAAAUGCGUACCCACCACCAGUGCUGCCGUUUGAACAAUCCAGGCAACCUCCCUUCAACAAAUUAA